AAAAAGGGGGAGAGACAGCCAGAGAGAUUGAAGGAGAUGAUUUGGUUGCGUGUGCAGAACCAGAAUAUAAAACACUAAAGUCAGCAUCUCCCCCUCAUCAGCAGCAGUAUGGACUGAGCCUAUGCUGCAUUCAACCCCCCAGCCCAUCUUGGACCCCUCCACUUUCUCUCAAGCUGAUGCUGUAAGCAGGCAGCCAACGGCAGCAGCGGAGGCUAUCUAGACGUGCCAACACACUGCACAGCCAUGCCUUCAAGAAAAGCAAGGGAAGGAAGUGGCUAGAAAGUGGAAAUAUACCACAGUAACUUACUGCUGCCAAUGAGAGGGGGUGGGAAGGAAAAAAGAGCGAGAGUAAGUACAAGAAUAUACAGGAGAGGGAAACAGCAAAGAGCGAACGUGGACCUUACUGUCAAACCAGUGGAUUUAUACAUGCAUUUAAAUGACAAAAUUAUUAAACAAUCAAAACCGCCUUUUGCUGAUUUAGAAAAGCAGGUCUAACAGAAGAAGAGAGGUUGUAACGAACAGAGAAAUGUCCUCAAAGUGAUGGAAAGGAUCAGAACAGUCAACAUCACACCUGCCUCCAUGCCAGCUAACCUGCUGCUGCUGCUUCUGCUACUUGGGGUGCGUGUGCUGGCCAUUUGCCCACCCAUGUGCACCUGUAGCAGGGGCCACAGAGUCGUGGACUGCUCUGCCCGUGGCUUGAGUCUCCUUCCUGACAGCCUCCAGCACAACAUUCAUUUCCUUAACCUGUCUCAUAACAGGCUCCAAGACCUUGAUGGACUCCUCAGCCAUUUUGACCACUUAAGAACUCUGGACAUCUCCUACAACCACCUCCAGCACUUUCCGGUUGGCCUGCCACGAGCUCUUUGGGACAUACAUGCUUCUGGAAACUACAUCCGUCAGUUGGAAAAGAAUGACACUGCCUAUCAUUGGAAUCUCCAGUCUCUAGACUUGUCAAAGAACCAACUAGAACGAGUGGUUUUGAUCAACAACACGCUGCCUAGUCUGCGAGCUCUCAAUCUCAGUCACAACAAAUUCUGGACUGUCCCAACGAACAUCCCCCAUAACGUAGAGAUCGUGGACCUCUCUCACAACUACUUGCUGCAGAUCUUACCUGGCUCGCUGGAUCGGCUGCAGAGGCUCUCUAGGUUCUACCUGCAUGCAAAUCGAUUCACCUCGUUGAGUGACGGUGUCUUCAGUCAGCUGGUGGGACUACAGCUCCUAACGCUCGGAGAUAACCCUUGGGCUUGUGAGGAUGAGGAGAACAUUAACCAUCUAAUGACAUGGAUGCAGCAGACCCCAGCGAAAAUCCUGGGCUGCCCUUGUUACACCAGGCCCACAUGUGGAGAGGUCUACUUGGUCACCAGGAGAACCUGGCUUUCGGCAUACACAGAGCCACCACUGGGUGCCGAUGCCCGUAAUCCUGGCCACCGAGAACCCUUGCAGGUGGUUACCUCUGAAUAUCUGCCCAAGUCAUCUCUGCUGAACCUCCCUCACAAUCCAAAUGCUGUCAAUGCUUCUGGAGCAGGGGAGCAAGUGCUGAGCAUGGGUGGGGGAUUUCUCACUUCUACCCCACAUAGUCUGUCCACAAAGACAAGCACAACAAUUCGAACACGUAGCACGAAGAAGAUCCUUCCAGGCCGAGCUGGCAGCACAAGUCAUCAAAUCCAAAGGUGUAACAUUGAAACUGCAAUUCUGAAUCUCUUAUGCACUGCAGUGAUUCUAAGUGUUUUGUGAAUUAGCAAAACAAUAUUGAACUAAAAGCUCAAGAAUGCAAAAAGAUACUCACCUGUUUGGUUUUAAAAUAGAACACUCAUGAUCAUUCUUCACCGUUUGCAAUUUUGGGCUGCUUUCAACAAACUUACGGCUUUCUAUAGAUGUGACCGUAUGGCUACUGUGUAUACUCACGUCUUCUAGAAUGUAUACAAGUACAACUGAAUUACCAGUUUAUUGGUGAGGCAAAAAUAAUGCACUUUUCAUUAAAAAAUAAUGCACUUUACAAUGUUAUGCAACGCUUGCUCAUUUUAAUGUUCUUUGUUUAUUACAUGUUAAAUUGAAACAUUCGGUAUUAAUGAUGUUGCGUUCUAUGACUUAAAGAAAACUGGGAUCUGUAACAACACAUUAAGGUAAGA